AUGUCUCUUUUCUCUCUCUUAACUCUCAGUAUAACCAAAAAUUCUCCCCAGGAUGAGCAAGGGCAGACGCCCCUCUCCCCAUCCCAGUCUUGUGCCAGCGAGAAUGGGAUGGACACAGCUGAAUGGGAGAGCCAUCCUUCACUACCCCUCCUACACUCAGCUCCCGGAUGUAGGGCAGGAGGGGGCACGCUCCUGGCUGCUGCAGAGACUCCUGGCUGUUUGGGUGACCUAGACAGUGACGGGGGCAGGAGGGGAUCGCUCCACCGCCGAGUGGGGGUCUCUUUCCACAAGAGCUCCCUGCCCAAGGCCACAGCCAUCCCAUUCUCUGCUUCCCUGAGAUUCAAACCAAAGCCUGUUUUUCUAUAUUUAAAAAUUAAAAAGUAA